AGUGGCUCUGGUUAUCGUGUUGGAGAAGGUGGUGGCGUUGGUGUUGGUGUUGGUGUUGGUGGUGUUAAAAGGGGGUGAGGGGGAGUGUUGGUGAUGUUGGUGAAUUGUUGGGGAUAAGUGUGAGGGUCAAUUAAGAGAAGCAUGGACGACCUUCUCUCCUGCUCUGUGUGCUGCGAAUCCUACCACGAGAAGCACAGGCAGCCCGUCCUCCUGCCGAGAUGCGGUCACUCCUUCUGCAGACCCUGCAUCUCGUUCCUGGUGCAGAAGGGCAGCAUCAUCUGCCCCAGCUGUCGCACGGACCAGAGGGUAGAGGGCGCCGAUAACCUACCACAGAGUUCAGUCUCCUGGCCAUUUCGUUGGCGCAGCAGGUUACUAAGGUGCAGGAACAUCGCUACAAAGUAGAAUUUGGCAAGAGACGUGUCAGGAACACGGGGUGAAGCUGUCCUUCUGGUGCAAGACGUGUAACAAACCAGCCUGUGGCGAGUGCCUCUUCGAGGAUCAUCCCAUGACCUCGCAUUGCGUCAUCAAGUCGACGGCGUACGUUACCGAGAUGAAGGAGAGCGUGACGCACAUCACCAACAAGUUCAUGGAAGCCCUUGAUGGGAGGGAGAAACAAUUCUUCGAGAGGAUCUUUAACAGUACAAAGAUGAUCAACGAUGCCCUAAGGACCAUCACAGUCCUCAGGAAAGACAUGGAGGAAGCGAGAGAACUCAUGAAGGGCGUGAAGCUCGUCGAAGGCAUCGGCCCUACACGGUCGCUCUCAGAAUCAGCCAAGUUCUUGGGACUGAAAUGGAACCUGCAGGAUGUUAACCUGAAACUGGGCCCAUUAGUUAUAAAAAAUGCAGCAAUGACCAAAGCGACUAACGAGGAGUCCGAGACGCAAGGACCAGAAACUGAAUCUGCAAAAGAUGAAACAAAAGAUAAAAAUGAAGAGACUGAAAUGGUGGAGACUACAACUGAUCAGAAUGAUGAGGCAGCCAGUGAAAACGGUACAAACGAAAGUGAGAAAGCUGAUGAUGAAAAGGAAAAAGAUUCUGAAGAAGAAGAAGAGGAAGAGAUUCUCACAGAGGAAGAAAUAAGAAAAAGAAAGAAGCUUCAAAGGUUAAAAGAAAGGUUGGCUGCUGCCACAGCAGCAGCUGAGCAGGCAAAGCAGGAAUCAAAGGAGAAAAUUGGCACCAAAAGGGAUAAGGCUGACAGCAAUAAAGAGAAUAAGGCAGAAGAAGAGAAGACCCCCACACCGGCGUCCAGUCGGGAAGCUUAUGAGGCCACCUUAAAGAGUCUUAAACCGUGGCAGAAAAGAUCGAGGCCAUGGGAGCCCACACCAAGAGAGCCUUCCAUCACUCCAGACAGAGAGACUGGUCGAAAGGCUAAGAAAGACUCAGAUGAAAAAGAAGAGACAGAGAAAGGCUCAGAUGACACAGCAAAAGAUGAAAAGUCAAAAGAUGAGACGACACAGGACGACCAGUCCAAAGAUAACAAAGCAGAUGGAAGUGACACAACAGACAACAACACAAAAUCUAGCCAGCCUGAUGCAAAUGCUGUGGGUGACUCAAAUAAGGAUACAAAUGAACCAGCAGCCACUCAAGUAACAGACAAAACAAAAACAGAUUCUACAGAUGCUAACACAGCAUCAGCAACAGAUGCUGAUCCAAAGAAGGAAGACAAAGUCGAGAAGAAAGCACCGACUCCAACAACUAAGAAACCAAGAGGAAGAUUAGCGAGAAACGCACUGAAAAGAGCACAAACUAUGGACCUCUCAAAGAAACUCGAAAACCCAGAUGACGACACUAACAAGGGAGCCGAAUCUGAAAACAUUAAAGGGUUAGACUUGGAGACGCACAAAAACAAAACAAAUGAGGAGGCACAAGUCAAACACAAGGAAGCAGAAACGCAGACAUGCGAAGAGGUAAUUCCUGAGGAAACCGAGGGAGCAACAUGUAGCACCAAGGCACCUGCUCAGGCCAGUGGUGGCAUGUUCGAGAUGGAACCAGAAGAGAAGGAGAGGAUAGCUACAGAACUCAUGCAGGUGCCCAGCCUGACAAUAUGCAUCGAGGGCAUUGGGGGCCUUCUGGCAAGGGUUGCAUGGGAGUCUAUGGGUCUCCACAUCUACUGCCACCAGUUUCAAGAGUUACCCUAUGACGUUAUUGUUAAGUCUAAUGUCCUCCACGCCAUAAUCCCAACAAAGGACCCAAUGGUAUUCCUUGACAUCGGCUCAGAUGACCACUUGCUGGGACGCAUCUACAUCAAGCUGUGGGGCCACCUCAGAAGGGCGAACAACAUGCUCUUGCUGUGCCUGGGCGACAAGGGGCGAUCUCUGCGCAACAGCCGCUUCUUCAAGGUCAUGAACGCUGACGGACCAGGAGAACGGCUCCUGGGCGGAGACUAUGAGUACAACGACGGCCGCGGUGGCGAGUCCCUCAUCGACGACCUGGAGUACCAGGGGAAGUACUCCAUGCCUAUGGAAAUGGGUCUGAUCACUUCUGCCACUGGUGGUAACAGAGCUACGGAUUCGCAGUUCUACAUCUGCACUGAAGAGGAUCUCAACAGACAGUUCGCCUGCCCGUUUGGCAGGGUAUUUGUGGGCCUGCCGAUCUUGAAAGAGGCUGUGUGGGUGUCUGUCACGACUCCAAUCUACAUCCAGGACUGCGGGGUUGUUCUAGACUGCCCGAGGAUGUAAAUAGACCUUAUGAUGGUUAUCAGUAAUGGAUAUUUUCCUUUACAGUUGCCCAAGGAUCACAAACUUAUAAAGAGGUCUGUAAAUAUGAUACAUUUGCCAUAGUAUUCCAACAAAAGGAUUGACUUUUACUCUGUAUUGAUUUAACAAUGCAAAAAUCAGCCAUUUUUUUGGAGGACCCAGGGAAAUGUAUCAGAUUUACUUACUGGAGUAUGGUUCCUUCUCUCAGAGUAAUAUGAGGACGUUUCAAAUGAAUGAAUGUCUCGAAGAAAUGUGCAAUUAAGUAUCAUAGGGAAGUGGAAAUGUUCCAAGGUCUUGCACCUGUAUAGACAGAAGACAGCUUACCAAAUUCUGCCAAACGACUUCAGUUUGUCAGCUUCCAUCUUUCAGGUUCCAACUUUCUGUCAGUCAUCUGGUUAUUGAACCAGCUGGAGAGGCUUCAUGAAUGAUCUUGAGACCUAUUAGGCUAAAGUGGGUCAAUGACCAAGCCCAGUUAAAAGCAAAAUGCAUAUCAGAUUUGUGACGUACAGAACUGCAAGUCUGAAAUCAGUUAAAUAACGGAAAACAGUCAAAAGUGGUACCACAAUUCUUUUGCAUUAUAUAUUUUGUGAUGCAUUUCGUAGGCGUCUUUCAACUAAGACAGUUGACUGGACUUGACUGUACGAGAAUAAAUGGACAGCAGUU